GUCACCAUCCGCCAGUCCACUCCGCUCGAGCUGACACGUCCAGUCCAGAGGUGAAUCAGGGAGGACAUUUGAUAUUACAAUGCUGUGGAUAAGAUGGGAGCUGCUGCUAAUGGCCAGCAUAUUCUGGCAGAGGGGCCACACAGAUAAUCAUGAGGCUACGAAGAGUCUUGGGCAUGUGACUGUGGUAGUUGUGGGUGGAACAGGUGACUUGGCCAGGAAGUACCUGUGGCAAGGCUUUUUCCAGCUCUAUGCUGACCAGGUAGGCAAAGGACACACCUUCUCAUUUUACGGUGGGGGACUUUCGCCGACCGAGAAGGGGACGCCGCUGCUGUUUGGGAUCUUGAAGGAGCUGGCUUGCCCUCCGGAGCUCUCUGUGGAGCGUUGUGAUUUGGUCAAAGACCAGUUCCUGCAUCUGUCCAAGUAUCACCAGCUGAAGACUACUGAGGACUACGAGAAGCUCAGCCAGCAGAUCAAACAGCAGCUAGGACAGGAGGGUAUGGUCGAAGCAGGGAGGCUCUUCUACCUGUCUGUUCCAGCUUUCGCAUAUGCAGACAUUGCAGAGAAGAUCAACAACACCUGCCGCCCCCCAUCUGACGCAUGGCUGAGGGUGGUACUGGAGAAACCAUUUGGUCACGACCUUUAUAGUGCUCAGGCCCUUGACAAAAAACUGUCAGGCCAGCUGAAAGAAGAGGAGAUGUACAGGAUUGACCACUAUUUAGGGAAGCAGGUUGUCUCUAAAAUUCUGCCAUUUAGGAAAGAGAAUAAGAAACUUCUAGACCCUAUCUGGAACAAGCACCAUAUUGAAAGAAUAGAAAUUGUAUUGAAGGAAACCCUGGAUGCCAAAGGGCGGAUUCAGUUUUAUGAUCAAUAUGGCGUCAUCAGAGAUGUGCUCCAGAACCACCUCACAGAGGUCAUGACCCUUAUGUUGAUGAACCUUCCUGCAAACCUAUCCAACAGCAAGGAGAUACUACAAAACAAGCUUAAUUUCUUGGCUUCCCUUCAACACGUAGAUAACAGUAAUGCGGUAGUAGGUCAGUACCAAGCUUACAAUGAAGAGGUUCAGGAAGAGCUAAAUAAAACAAAGGACUACUUCAGCUUGACCCCCACAUUUGCUGGUGUGGUCGUUCAUGUCGACAAUGCACAAUACGAGGGUAUCCCCAUAUUUAUGACCUCAGGCAAGGCACUUGAUGAACGGGUUUCUUAUGCACGUGUACUUUUCAAAAGCGAUGUAUUUUGUGUCCAGGAUCCCAACAAUGUUCAGUGCAAAUCCAAACAGAUCAUAUUCUAUCUGGGUCACGGUACCCUCCAGUACCCUGCGAUUCUUUUGAGCAAGAACCUGUUCAAGCCCAAACUGGCGAGCAGCGGUGACUGGAAAGAGGUCACCGAAUACAAAGACGUGAACAUGCUGGGUUUACCACUCAGUGACUAUUACAUUCAGUCACCGGUCACACCCAGAGAGGCUUAUUGUGAGCUGAUCUCACACGUCUUCUUUGGACGCAAGGAUAGCUUUAUUAGUGCCGAAGGACUCCUUGCUUCCUGGGAGUUUUGGACUCCCCUCCUUGAAGGUCUGAGUCGGGUCUUUCCACGGGUGUAUCCAGGUGGCGUAGCCAAUGGUAACCUGUUAAACUUUCAGCUGCAGGGCCAUCAGGUCGCCUUUAGCCAUGAAGCUGUGGUCAACGUGAUCAAACCUGGUGCCGAGGACAACUUCCAAGUGAUGCAAGGGAAGUACCGUAGCUCUGAAAUGGUAUCUGCCUGGGCACAGGAACUGGUGGAGCGCUUGGCUUCUGAUCUUCUCUUGGCUGCUGAGGAGGCCAUUCAUGAAGAAGGUCAGUUUCACCUGGCGUUGUCUGGUGGCUCCAGCCCGGUGGCACUGCUCCGUGCACUGGCCCUGAACCUCUACACCUUUCCGUGGCGCAACACUCACAUAUGGCAAGUGGACGAGCGCUGUGUGCCACAUACAGAAUCAGGCUCCAACUUCCGGUCCAUUCACGAUCUCCUGCUUCAGCAUAUCCGCAUACCCUACUUCAACAUCCACCCCAUGCCUGUGCAUCUGACCCAACGGUUAUGUGUGGAAGAGGACAGUGGUCCAACAUUAUAUGAGAAGGAAAUCAAGAAACAUGUCAAUGGCUCCAGCUUCCACUACAUCCUGAUUGGCGUAGGCCAGGACGGCCACACUGCCUCACUAUUCCAGGACACCAAGUUGGAAAACGACGAGGAACGUUUGGUAAUUCUGACAGAAAGCCCCAUUAAACCUCACCAGAGGAUGAGUCUUACAUUCACAGCCAUCAAUAGGGCUCGAAGGGUAGGUGUUUUAAUUAUGGGCAAGAGCAAGCAUGAACUUGUCAGUCAACUCAGCCGAAUUAAGGGCGAAUCAUCCAAGUAUCCCAUCACCAAAGUACAGCCGAAGAGCGGUACUCUUAUAUGGUACAUUGACUAUGAUGCAUUGCUAGGAUAAAUGGCCUAAAGACCAGUACAAAUCGGUCAGUGAAGCCACCCACCAGGGCUUAUAGCUCAAAUGGAAUGCUGUAUUGGGAAUAAUUGAGGAGUAUAAAUUGAAGUUUAAUUUUCACACCAGUUGAGGUGUGAUAUGUGAGAGUUAUUUUAAUGCUGUGAUAAGGACUUUGCAGUUUGAUUGUGCUAUGGAAUCAUUGCAUUAUAAACGACUUCAAAUCUCAGGAACUCUAGUAGCUUACAAUAACUUUUUUCCAAGUAAUCAAUCUUAUAAUAGUGCUGAAAUCCUUAUUUUACAAGAUCCAACUGUUUAGAAGCAAUGAAGAAGAUACGUAUGAAAACAUUUAUUUUUAUUAAACACUUUUUCGACUUUUUUUUUUGUGACCAAGCAGUGAUCAGAUAAAACGUGUAUUUGAAUGCUCUGUAAUUUUACUUUUUUUACUUUUUACAUAGCUGCAAUUAUUCAUCAGACAUAAUCACAAACCUCAGGUUAAGAAAUCCUAAUAAAGCAUGUACACAAAACUUGCCCAUUACCUAAGAUGGCAUAUCCAGUGUUUUUAGGACGGAACAAAUGUUUCAAGUUUAGACGGAUUUGAGUUUCUAUUGUUGGCCUUACUUGAUAAAACCAUUCCAGAACUGUUGACAAUGUAUUAGUGUCAAAGACUGUUGUCAUACCUCAGAAAACAAAGGUUCAUUAUGUGUAGAGCAGUUGAAAAGGCACAACACCUUACAAUGGUUUUAUAUCUAAACAUGAAUACCUUCGUAAAGUCUGUUUUUAUACUGUGUUGUUUAAAAUCUAAGAAGUGCAUGUUAGUCAGCAUUGCAUGCUUUAUGAAACAAGGCAGGAGUUGUUUAUGGACAGCUGGACAGCAUUGUCUGAUUUAUAACCACCGAUUUAACAUUUUGUAGUGAAGCAGAACAACAUUACAUUCCACAGGGAUCUGAUCAUCUAAUGUGAAAAUGUUAAUAAAACAUUAAAAUAAAUGCACACACAUUGAAGUCCUUAUGUGUUUUUACACAAUUUUAAAUAGAUUCCUAUAUUAUUAAGGUGCCUAUAAAUACAAAAAUGUUUAACAUCAUAGAGAUCAUAUUGUAUACAAUGACAAUGACAAUGACGUUUGUGUCUUGCUGACUGGAUUAACAUAUUCGAAUCGACACUUUUAAAUAAAGUGUCUUGCUUUUCCAUUAUAUGUUUUCAAUACAUUUUUGCUACGGUAUUCAGCCGUAUUUCAUGUUAUCACGUACAUCAUUUCAUAUUUUGCAGUGCUUUUACUACAUGACAAUAAAAUAUAUUUUUUAAAUCA